UCAAACUAAACUGAAAUGCUGUGACUUCUAUUGCUGCUGCUGCUGCUUCUUAUUUUUACAUUUCUCACUUCACGUGACACUUCUUUAUUUACAGAACGUCACACACACAAAAACAUUCGAUAUUUUCCAAUUUUUCCCAUUCAAUUGUCAAAUAAUGGCCGAACAGAGUGAUAAAAGCCAAGAAAUAAGUGAAGAACAACAACUGAACGAACAAUUGGAAAACAUUUGUUUAGAGUAUCAAUUGUUGGUGAAUAAAAGCCAAGAAAUGGCACCAAAGGGAACACAAUCAAAAAAAUCCGAUCCAAAUACAGAAAAUCAAAUUGAUGAUGACGAUUUAGAAGAAAUCGCAAAUGUUGCGGACAAUUUGGAUUCACUUGAGUCAGCAUUGGAUGUGAUUGAAGAACGUGCGGACCGUAUUCGUGAGCAAUUGCUGGAAUUGUUGACCUCGAACCGAGAAAUACGGCAAUCGAUCCAGGAAGAGAAUGAAAAAUUGCGAGAAUGUCAGUCCAAAGACAAUUCGAAUGCGGAAACUUCGUCAGAACCAGAAGAUCAACCACCCACAAAUGAACAUCAGGAAUAAAUAUUAAAAAAAGAAAUUGCGUCGAAAGAAAUCAAUUUUUGACAUUUAUAUCGACACUUAUGCAUUAUACCAGUAUAAAUUGGAUACACAAAGUAAAUGAUUGCUGUUUAGUUUAAUAUUGUAAAAAGUUAUGUGAAAUAAAUGAGUUUCAAUAAGUUA